AGACCUAUUCUACCAUCGCAGAUUUAGGAUUAUGCAUACCUGCUAAUAGUACUUCAUCAGUGGCCACAUGUGAGAAAUCGUUAAAAGGUAAUAAUUUAGUAUAUGGUGUGUUACCGUUCAUUGCUCCAGAAGCCUUUCUAGGAAAUCCUGUUAGUGAGUGUUCGGAUAUUUAUAGCAUUGGAAUUAUUAUGACUGAAGUUGCAACUGGCAAGCUACCAUUUGGCGAUGUUGCGCAUGAUGAAAAGCUGGCUUUUGAAGUCUGUUAUAAAGGGAAAAGACCACAGAUUCCGAGUGCACUUGCACCGAAACGUUUUAGAGAUUUGGCUCAACGUUGUUGUGACCCGGAUCCAUUAAAAAGACCUGCUGCAAAACAUUUGAAAUAUAUUCUUGAUUAUUGGUAUCAAUGUGCAAAUGGAAAUUUGAGACACAACUCUAAGUGUAUGAAGAUCAUGAACGAAUUUUUAAGAGCUGAUGAUCAAUCUAGUAUGUUAUUUCAAGAAAAUGGAGUGUUUGAACAAGAGGAAGAAAUGAAGGAAAAAACGUGGUUCACAAGUAGAUUAUUAAAUUUCAAGUUGAAUAAGGACAUUACUACUGAGAUAACUGAUGCAGCAGAAAUUACGCAAGAAUCUCAAUAA